AUUUCAUGCAGUUAUUUUUGAUAUUAUUACCAAUUAUAAUGUAUAUAGCAAGUUAAUAACUUUUGUGAAAAUAAGAGUGUUCCUAGCAAAUGUAUACUUAGUGGUUUUUAAGUGGUUUCAAGCCUUUUAUCGUAGACAGUAUUAUGUCUGCGUGAAAAUGCCUGAGAUAUGCUGCGUGGAUGGGUGCGUUCCAGCAAAAGAUGAUGUAACAUACUUUAAAUUCCCGAACAGCAGAGCCCUCCGUCGUAAGUGGCUCGACGCAAUACCUUCAACGUCGAUCAAAGUGACGCUGGACACAGUGGUGUGCAGUCGACACUUCCUCGCCGAGCAGUAUGAGGUGGUCAGGCAGAAGAGGAGGCUCAAAGCCAAGGUGGUGCCCAGCGUGUUCGACCAGAUUAAAACCCCAACAGCCAAAGAUGACGAGCUUAUAUCCUCUAAACAAACAGACACAGCCAACGAUAGAGUCGCAUCCGACGUUACCACAGACAAUAAACCCGACACAGAACAACGUACAAACUCACCCAACCAUAGACUACAAGAGAACACAUCCAAAAACGAGAGCUGCAUGACAAAUGGACUUAAAGAAGAUAUUGUGAAAAGAAGUCAACCGGACAAUGUAUCUAUUACGGAUUCCGAAAUCAGUAACAAAGACAUCGAGGACAUCAUCACAAACUAUCAGAUCAAACAAACGAGGCCCGUGCAUCAGGGGACGGAAACAGAAACGGGCGGAAAUAGAGAAACGGGCGGGAGCACCCUCGCCGCGAACGCUUGCAUAGAGGUGGAAGUGCCGCCGUUUGCAGGAGAAAUACAAGUAGAGAGAAACGAUAAAAUAGAAAUAGGGAGAAAUGGGGAAAUGGAAAUAGGGAAAAAUGGGGAAAUUCAAAUGCGGAGAGAGGAAGCCAGCCAAGUGAUCGAUGUGGACGACGAAGCGGAGCCGGUGUUCAUCGAGGUGUCAGUGGGAAAAGGCGGCGACCAGGACUGCGUCAUGCUGCUGGAGAGCGUGCAGUGCGACGUGGACCCGCGCUGCCUCGUGCUGCCCGAGCGCGCGCCCGCCAGCCCGCCCGCCCGGACGGACGGCCCCAUCAGCCUGCUGACGUCGAGCGACGAGGACGAAGUCAUCAUCGAGGAGCCGCACUACGACCUGGUGGAGGUGUCGGACGAGACGGACGAGGACGACGUGCCGCUGGUGCGGCUGGCCGGUGCCGCGCCGCCGUUUGCGCCGCACGAGCACGUCUGCCUGCAGUGCCGCUACAGCAGCACCAGCCCGGCCGACUACGCGCGGCACCUCGAGCGGCACGCGGCGCUGCGCGUGUGCGCGCUGUGCGGCCACACCACGGCCAGCCGCCAGCAGCACGCGCGCCACCAGCGCCAGCACCGCGCCGAGCGGCGCCACCACUGCCCGCACUGCCGCUACCGCGCGCGCCACCGCAUGAGCCUGCUGUACCACAUGCGCGCGCACCGGCCCCCCCAGCCCGCCCCCCACCCCGCCCCGCCGCCCACGCACGCCCGCAAGUUCCCGUGCGGCUCGUGCGGCUACGUGGCCGCGCGCGGCGGCACGGCGACGGCGACGACGACGACGACGACUACGUGCCGUAGCGUGCCGGCGCGCGCUCGGGGGCGCCCCUAG